CUAGCGGUGUUGCACAAAAUGGGCUCUCCGGCAGCGAUUCUGCGCAGAAGCGUUCCGUGCAUGCGGGUGCCUGCAACCACGUGGGGCGCGGAUGCUUUUUCGGUUUGACCGGCAGCAGCACGAGUUGAAGCCCAAGCAACAGAAGGGGACCAUGGCCAACAGUGAGCGCACCUUCAUUGCCAUCAAGCCUGAUGGGGUCCAGCGGGGUCUCGUGGGAGAGAUUAUCAAACGUUUUGAGCGGAAGGGAUUCCGCCUUGUUAGUUUGAAAUUUAUGCAGGCUUCCGAAGACCUGCUCAAGGAACACUACGUUGACCUGAAGGACCGUCCGUUCUUCGCUGGCCUGGUGAAGUAUAUGCGCUCAGGGCCAGUGGUUGCCAUGGUCUGGGAGGGGCUGAAUGUGGUGAAGACAGGCAGAGUUAUGCUCGGAGAGACCAACCCUGCGGACUCCAAGCCUGGGACCAUCCGUGGGGACUUUUGCAUCCAAGUUGGCAGGACCAUGGCCAACCUCGAGCGCACCUUCAUCGCCGUCAAGCCGGACGGCGUGCAGCGCGGCCUGGUGGGCGAGAUCAUCAAGCGCUUCGAGCAGAAGGGGUUCCGCCUCGUGGCCUUGAAGUUACUUCGGGUAACGCGCCCCCCCUCUGAGGAACACCUGAAGCAGCACUACAUUGACCUGAAAGACCCGCACUUCUUCCCUGGGCUGGUGAAGUACAUGAACUCAGGCCCCAUUGUGGCCAUGGUCUGGGAGGGGCUGAAUGUGGUGAAGACAGGCCGAGUGAUGCUUGGGGAGACCAAUCCAGCGGAUUCUAAGCCAGGCACCAUUCGUGGGGACUUCUGCAUUCAAGUUGGCAGGAAUAUCAUUCAUGGCAGCGACUCAGUGAAAAGUGCCGAAAAAGAAAUCAGCCUAUGGUUUAAGCCUGAAGAAUUGGUUGACUACAAGUCUUGUGCUCAUGACUGGAUCUAUGAAUAAGAGGUGGACAAGGUUGUAGUCCCUUUCAGCACCGCUUGGUAUGUCCCUGGACACAGCUCUUCAUUCCACUGACUUGGAAGCAAUAGUAUUGAUCAUUCUUUUCUAAAGCAUAUUUACCAAUAAAGCCUCUGGAAACUGG